AGACACACCCACCUUUUUUCCUUAUUGGUUGCUCAUGCGCAAUACCAUCCUUCUUCUUGAUGGUCACACACGUGUUUGGGAGAUAUGAGGACCAUUUUAGCAUCACAGACAGUCACCAUCCCUGACAAUGUCACGCUCUCGGUGAAGAGCCGAAUAGUGACUGUGAAGGGACGCAGGGGGACCCUCGUCAAGUCCUUCAAGCACAUGGGCCUGGAACUCGUCAAAGUUGGCAAGAACAAACUGAGAAUAGACAUCUGGUUUGCCAACAGGAAACAACUUGCUUGUCUGAGAACGACCGUCGGCCAUCUUAAUAACUUAUUCAAAGGAGUCACGUAUGGCUAUCAGUACAAAAUGCGAGCUGUGUAUGCCCAUUUCCCCAUCAACCUGGCCAUCACAGAGGGGGGUAAUAAAGUGGAUCUCCGAAACUUUCUAGGAGAGAAGUACACUCGGACUGUGCAACUGAGAAAGGGCGUGGUUUGUAGUACAACUGGAGUCAAGGAUGAGAUCAAACUGGAAGGAAAUGACUUGGAGCUUGUUUCCCAAUCAGCUGCUCUGAUCCACCAGUCGUGCCUUGUCAAGAGAAAAGAUAUCAGAAAGUUCUUGGAUGGAGUGUACGUGUCUGAAAAGGGAACUGUUGAUAAAAUUGAAGUAUAAACUGUACCUUACUUUUCAAGCUCUAUUAUGUAAAGUUCAAUAAGUGGUGGUCUUUACAUUUUGUGAGAUAAUUAUUAAAUGGGCUGA